GUUUGAUCAUGGCGCGCUCGGCGGAGGUGUGGAACAACUUUCUUUGCAGUUCUUUUCAAUUUAGAGUGGUGUGUUGUUCCAUGAAGUUAUUUAGUCUAAAUUUUUUGUAUUUUUAGUCUCGAGGGAUGAGUUUCCGGGAGCUAAGCUCAAAGUAAGUUCACCGGUUCUUUUUAUCUUUUAUCGAAGAGAGCCAGCUCUGCAUUUUAAUACCGGUACCCAAGCCCUGUUUGACGGCAGUAUUGAAGGGGCUUGCUUUAGCGUCUGAACUUUUGUUCCAGCGCUCAUUACUGUUGACUGGUUGCAGCAGAACUUAGUAGGUUUAGUAAAGUAUCCACCAGAUCUAAUUGCUCGCGUACGAUUGGUUCAAAUCGGUCUAGAGACUGACAUGGUCAUGUCAUGAUGACAGCCAACUAGGGAAUUUCCUCAAUUGAAUCACACAAUCUUCAAAACCUUGUAUUCCGUGCUAAAGUAAAGUCAAGUAAGGAGAGCAUUUUCUCUUUUUAAGAAGAGACUUACUGUUUUCUCGAAAACGUCACUCUAAAAGUCAACAUCUGUUUAUGAGUAUGUGUAUGUGGGUGUUUGUGAAUACUUUGUUCCCCUUACUACGAAAACAUAAUUGCAACAUCUUCCAUUUGACUUGGUAAUAUACCUGUUGACUUCUCUAAUCGGCUGAGAAGUGGCUAAACUUCAGAAUACCCGGCCACUUUGGUCUGCCUCACUUACAUGUGUCGGGAGGCUUUGAAGAUCGAGGCAUAACACAAUAGGCGAUAUUCUUAUUCAAUGACAUGUAAAUGAGUGGCCGGGUAUUCUGAAGUUGCUCCAACAUAUUUAUUUUUACCCCCAAUGGAAGAAAUUUUACAUAUACAAUUUUUGAGCUUUGUAAACUAUCUUUUUCAGGCUUGACUCUAAAACUAACUUGAAAAACUGAAUCAGUUUGUUCCCCAAGUUUAUGAUAAUUUUUUGAUAACUCCAUAUGUCUUCACUGACACUGUCUUUAUCAAACAUUAAAAUAUUAUGGCAUAAUGCUUUUGUUUGAUUGCAUGAGUGGAUUUGUAAUUGGCCAUGUUGAAGACAAUAUUAGCCUAUGCAUGAAUCAACCACUUUUGGUGGUUAGUGGUGAGAAAUUUGGUUCUAAGAAUGGCUGGAACUGGUUCUAGUUACUGGAUAUAUAUCUCUUCAAUAAUUUUAACUCUCUUGUUUAAUCUGAGAAUGUUAUUUCAAAUGUCCAAUUAUUUUUUCCUGUGGAACUUGUAAUUACAAGUCUAUGUGGAUUCUGGACACAAAAAUUUUGUAGCUCUUAUAUUCUUUUAGCCCACAGAUUAGGUGUAAUUUUGGUGAGCAAGUGCUCAGUAUUUUCUUGGUGAAAAUUAUAGCUGCCGUCUUUGAUUUUUACGACAGUGAAAAGGUGUGGAGAGGAAGAAAUUAAAUUUGUAAUAAGGUGGGGAGCAAUGGUCUCAAAGAAUGAUAAGGGAGGGGUGGGGUAAUAAAGAGAACCUCUACCUGCCCCCUUCCCCCUCAGUAGCUCUCAAUCAAACAUGGCUGAUCAAAAAAAACAAUUGCAAGCUUGAUCAUGAAAUGUUAGCUUGCCUUAUAAGAUGCCUGCACUGCAGGCUACAUUGCACAUAUUAUCAAAUGCCUGAUGAUCAAAAAUUGUUUUUUUAUUAUUCAGUGAAGAGUCUUUUGAUUCAUAUUGGGAAGGCGAAAAGGACAAAAAGCGAAGGCCAAAUCUAUUUGAUGAUGAUGAUGACUCAUCUUUUGGCUGGAUCGACUCAAAGGAAGUGGCUGACUUGAUGAAGCAGUCUCGUCGUUUAGCAAGCAAUGAUGAUGAUGGUGAUGAUGAUGAGGAACUUGGUGAAGCAUGGGGUGGGGUAGAGUACAGUUUGAAUCCAGGUAUGAUGUCACAAAAGAAGUGAUGUAAUGAAUAUUAUAAUAAUUGGGUUUGCUGGACCUUGACCACUUUUACAGCCCUUUAUAAUGAAAUUAACAUCAGUAUCCACAUUUUCCAUACUCUGCUCUAUACAUUUCCUUUAUUACUGACAAAGAGAUUUCAUGUAACAAUCAAAGUUUCUUAGGUUUGUGAUUGUUUCCUUUAUUCUUACAGUGUUAGGGAUCAAAUGAUUUGUCAGUAUUAUUGUCAGGAGAAAUUAGAUGCUGAUCACUUUUAGAGUUUAUAGGAUCAAAAAUAACUAAACUCAGGGUUGUCAUUUUGUGACUCAGAGUUGGGAUAUGGUCAGGCAGAAAUUACAGUAAGUUACCAGAUAAUUGAAAACAAAUCUUAAAAAGGAAUUUACAAAACUGCCUUGUAGCAGUUUUUAAAGUUGAAGCCUUCAUACUCAGACAGUCAAGAAGAAAGAGAAAAACUUGCGUGUAAGAAAACCACACAAUGUCAAUGAUGCUUUACACAUUCAAAUGAUCAAAUGUUCUGAAAAAAGUUUUUCUUUCAGCACUGUGGUGCUAACCCACUCACUCCCUGAAGACAUUCAAUUGUGGGAAUCUUAACCAUCAUUCAAAACCAAAAUUAAUGCCCACAACUUCUCACUCAGAUUCAUAUGAUUAUUUCUUUUAAUAUUUAAAUGUACUUUUUAAAAUAAUUUAGAUUUUAAAUUCAGUAUUGGACUAACCACAUGCCCCUUGUGUAAAUCAAUGUAGUUGAUGGGGCUAGUGUGUUUUAAAUAGAGUCUUGUAAUUACUUAAUCUCAGUUUAAUAUCAGGCUAUAAAUGCUUGGUAAUAAAAACAGUUCCUUAAUUGACAGUUGGACUUGGUUGCCAAAUUUGAGACUUAAAAGUACAAAUUCAGUUACCAAGAUCUAUUAUCACAGGCUAUUAUUGGUCAUUCCACUGCUAUGACAUUUUACCAGGGCUUGGGAAAAAUACUUUGUAAAUAUCCACACAUUACCAUUAAAAAAGGAAUACUUAUUAUAUGACAUUUUCUAAUACUUAUCAGAGUUAUUUGUUCAUAUUUGAUUAAAUUGAUUGAUAUUGUUUUAACAGUGUCAAAGACUCGCUCAAAUUCAGCUGCUCAAUCAGUGCGAGUCCACCCACAGUCUUCAGCCAUGUCUAGCAAUAAGACUGCCAGUAAACAAAGUUCAUCUUUCGAAGGUGUGUAGACUGAAUUGUUUUAUCACAAACUGCUAAAUUUGUAUUUUGUAUUAUUUUAAAAAUAUAUGAUCAUCCAGUAGAUUAAAAUUGAUUAUAAAGAAAAGUAAACAUUUUGGAUUUAAAAACCAUUGAUUUAGAGCCUGUGAGAACUUUGAACUGUAAGUCUCAAAGGAGCUUUUUAUUUUUGAUACUCUCAAACACUUGUAAUUAAGUUCUCCAUAUUAAACUUGUUGCAAGGUGAAAAAAGAAAUGUAAACAAAGGUAACAAAUCUGUUACAUAUUUGCCUUCCAUGAUUGCUUAUCAUGUACUGGUUUUUAGAGGAUUUCAACUCAUGGAAAAGUUGAAUUGGAUUGGCUGCAAACUCUGAGGGAAAGUGAAGAUUAUAAUUGCUAACUAAUGCAGCUUAUCAAGUACUGCGCAUUGGACAGGAGAAAUAACAAAUUUUUUCCAUUAAUUUUUAGUUGUCGACAUUUAUUAAUAGUGAGUUACUUUGAUCUAUGUUACUGGUAGGUACAAAAUCUCAAACCCCACCAAAAAGACCACCAGCUCCAUCUGCACAGCAAGUGAUAACCACCUCAUCAUCCUCUGUAACUACUGCAUCUUCAUCAUCCUCAUCAGUCUCACUGUCAGCAGCAGCUGUGAGAAACCAAACCUCCAAAGUAACAACCACUCAAGCAGCUUUGCAUAGUGUGACAUCAUCAAUAAAAGAUGGUAAAUGGCUGGAUUUUUUUUUUAAUGUGCAGUAUCCUACUCAGUACAUAUAUAAUAUUGACCAAGCGUGAGGUCAAGAUGGUUGGAUAUUGGCCAAAUUCUUUUUUUUUUUGUUUUUUUUUUUUUAAGACAAAGUUGAUGUCCAUAAAAAUGCAUCAAGAAUUAGCUUGUUCAAACAAGCUUGUUCAAUCAAGGAUUUGGCUUUACUUAUUAUUAUGAAUCAAGAAGGACUUGUUUAUUUCAAGACCCUGCAAAGAAAGCCCACUGUGUUUGUAGCACUAACAAUAAACCCACAAGAGUCUUUAAUUUAUGUUUUCUAAAUGUUUUGACUGUCUCCUGCUUGAUGAUCUUCUUGUAACUCCAUCACUGAAAUUGUCCAAAAAUUAUGCACUUUGUAAAUGCACUCCAUGCACUUUCUUGCACUGGAUUAAAACAGGCAUUCUGAAGCAGGAAAGAUGGGCCCAUCUUGCCUACUUAGGUAGCAGCAAUCACAGCACAGGAUUAGCUCCAUAUUGCAGCCAUAUAAUAAAGUGCUGCUGGUCUAGUAAUCAAAUCAAAUUUUGAGCAAGCCUUGUUUUGAAAGUCAUUUCACUUUCUUAAAAUUUGUAAAGUUGGAGUUGCAUCCAAGUGGUCUCAUGAGCUGACAGUGUUGUCUUAGGACAUGAUAAUUGAUGACAGUUCCAGCAUUUAUGACAUUUGUAUCAUGGUUAGGAGGGCACAAACUGUCAAACAAUAUAAAAUUAGGCAUCACUGACUGUCAUGCAGUUUGGACAUACUCUAAAUUAACUGUGAUUGUAAUAAUUCACUGUGGAAGAAACCUGAACAUUCGACAAAUAUUUGAUAAAUGAUAAUGCUAAGGAGUAGAAAGUGGGCAAGAGAGUGAGAGGAUGAAUAAUGGUUAAGAAAGUAGCUAUAAAAUGUGAUUGGUUGAAUCAAGGGAUGAUGACACUAAUUUUUAAAGUGUGGAAAACAAAAGAAACAUAUUUGCCCCUUAGUGAUGAUUUUGAGCUACAAACGAGAAAACAAGUAAAAACUUCAAUUGCAUUCCUGUUAGCUGCCCAAGUACAUUGUCUGAUCAGACAUUACAAACAUAAUAGGCAAUGAUUGAUCAGAAGCUGAAAUCAGCAAAUGAUCUCAACUCAUUUCAAUAAUUGUUUGAUUAUAAAGGAAAAGCAGAGUUGUGAACGCCUACCUAACAUCUUGACAAAUGUAACAAAAAAGCUUUAUUAUAUAAUAAUUACGUAUUGCUUAAUUACUAAACGUGUAGAAUGUUGAUGUUUUGUAUUAUGAUCAUGUUUUACUCUUUUGUCAUUCAGUUAUCAGCAAUGCCCCUCAAGUCUCUGUCAUGGAAUAUAAAAGACUUGAAGCUGAAGUUAAUCGGCUGAAGAAAGAUCUACAGGUUAGAAUUAGACUUGGCCAUGAAUGGCUGGUUCCUAUUGUGGACAUUUCUUUUUACCAUGGUGCAAAUAUCCUCUUCUCAAAUAUGGGAGGAUUAUGUAAUGAACAAGUAAUGGGUUCCUAGAUUUGGUGUCAUUUGUAGCAAUAAUGAUCUAGCAUGAUGAACUCUGAUAGUUACAGAUAUGUUUUAGUUGGAUGAAAGGAUAAAAAUACAUAAUACCAAUGAAAACAAACACACAGACAAACAAACAAACAAACAAACAAACAAACAGGAAUGGUAACUAAAGAAAAUUACCAAACUCAGUACUUGAGGUCUGCCAACAUGACAACCAAAGAAGUUGGUGGGGAAAAAAAGACAAAUAUAGAAAAUUUGGAAUGGGGUGGGGUAGGGUGGGGUGGGAAGAACUUGAGAACCUGGAGAAAAACAGUCUUAGCAAUUUUUAAGACAAGAACUGAAAACAAACUUAAUCAAGAGAUCAAGGAGUUAAAACCAGGCUAUAGCAUUGGAAACUAUAAAACUCUCUCACAAUUAUAGCAUACUUCCUCUUGCUAACCUUUUCACUCCAUGGAUCUCAACAGUAUUUCUCCUUACUUUCUUCCCUCCGUCUUCCAUAAUGUUGCUUCUGAGAUGUUGUUAAGUCAAUAUUGAUAUAAUAUUUUUUAUUCUUAUCUCCUGCCUAGUUUGGAAUUUUAUUUAUAUUUUAGGGAAUAAUUAGUUACAGAACAGUCAGGAGAAUUUGGGAACACAUUUGUCAUACUUAGAAUUGCUAAUUGUCUCCUGCAUUGACAGUUUUGUGAACUUUAAACUGCAGGUGGCACAAAGAGAUAAAACAGCAGUGCCUUCAGUUCAAGAGACUGUUAGAAGAAUUAUUCGCGGGGAGGUAAGAUUCAAAAUAUUAUUUUUACAUUGGAUUCUUUCAAUAACUAGACUUCUUUCAGAUAGAUUUGUCUUUUCAAAGCUGUUUUUCACUAGUAGUGGUUAGUAACUUACUUGCCGAGAAGUAUUCAGUUUUGAAGAACCAAAAGUAGCAUUGAUAAUGAUUUUGAAGUGUUCACACCAUUGAAUUUUUGAAACUUCACUUUCAUCGAUCAAAAGUUAAUUUUGUGGACGUGGGCUGUGCCUGAAACAAAUGAAAGAUUUAAAUCUUGACUUUAAAGGAACUUCUUGCUUAUGUAAACUGAACUUGUCUCCAUGGUGCCAUACAGUUCUAAGGAAAUUUUUUUUCCAAAUUUUUUUUCCUGAUGAUAAAUUGGCUUUCUGCUUAUUUUAUCACACAAGGAAUAUGGUUUAGAGGGGGUGGGGAGGGGGAAGAAUUUGAUGAUGAUCUGAUACAACAGUACAUCAUUGCUACAACUGCCUUUUUUUUCUCUUUUAGCCCUAUAACCUUGGAGUUUAUAAGUCACUAAAAGACAAAUUGGAUCUCCUGGACUAUGCCAUUAAAAAGCAUGAUGGAAACGCAAUAACUGCUGUAAGUAACAUUGUUACUUUCUGAUUAAAAUCUUUAUUCUUUGCUUCUUAACUUAAUAAAAUCCUUCUUUGCCUGAUUAUUUUCUUUGAGGGUCCUUUAAGGCAUAGAAAUUUGUUCAGUGGGUUUCCUUAUGUGUUGGAUGUAAUGACAUAUGCAUGUCAACCCACUACAACAAAACUUUUCCAAAAAAAGAUCUAUGACACGUAUGCCAUAUAUACCAAAGUUCCCUCUCCCCCCCCACUAUGCUCCCCUCCUCUACCCACAAAAUCUGGAUUUUCCUAUCAUUAAAAGUUAAGGAACCUGUGGUUAAAGUGGGGUUUCUGUGGUAAGGAUCACUGUCCCCUUUAUUGAUUUUUCAGGCGGUCUUGUUCUUGAGGAAAUCAGUAAAACAACGUAAGUUUUUUUAAAAAAAUUGUUUGCAAACCCUAUUAUAAGCAUUGUUCAUUGUUUGAUGUGUGUUUUGUUUAAAGUUAUUCAAUUAAUUAUAUUUGUCUCUAAUUCUGUUGAUUGGUGGAAUUCAAGCCAGCACAAAUUAGCCCCAGUAGUUGAGCAGUUGAUAAGAUACCGUUAAUAUCAUUUUCAAGGCUGUUGAACCGUAAGGAGUUUUGUUCAGUGCCAUAAAGAGAUGGAAUGAAAUCUUUAACGAGGGGGUGGGGUGGUGUUUAGGUUUUCAUUUACUAACAGGAGGAAUGGUAAAAAUGAAAGAAAAGUAGUACUUCUGUUUUUUCUCAAAAUGGGAACGGAUGCAUUCAUUAUACAGUACAUACCCACGUCGCUUAAGAAAGACAUCAUUAAAAUAAAUUUUUGCGUUUAACUGAAAAUGUCUCCGAUAUACUCUCCCUAUAAGACCACGUUUGUCCAUACACUACUUUUGCAACGCAUUAUGCAUGCGGGGCGACCUCCUCUUUGGCUAAAAUAAAUCCAGCCAAUGACAUCAGUGCUCGUUAAGGCAGCCGUAGUUCUUAUACAACGAAGUUCCAGAAUGCUGAUUUGUACAAUGUUUUCAAGGUAUCCUUCAUGAUGAAUUGACGACUCGUCCCAAAGCUGUACACCACUUGAGCAAAUACCUGAGCGAACAUUAUGAUUAUACUCAACUUACAGAGUUGUAUCGGUAUGUAUCCAGGAAUUUCAUUAAAAACAAUUACUGGCGGUCUACUACCGCCGUUAACCUUAUAACUCUCAUAAGUGACCAGGACAGAAUGUCAGACAGAGUGUUGUUGCAAGGUAUUAUGAGAUGAUUUGUGUUCAGUAUUGGUUUUAGAGUCGCUAACUCUGUAGUUUAACUCCCCAUUGAUAACGUCACAAUCCUAUCAGGUCAAGUAAAGUGGAGGUUGUUUUGUUUUGUUUUUUUAUUUUUCUGUAGCAGAGGUUAUUAAUUUGAUGAAACAACUAUCAAUUGCAAUUUAUAAAUCUCAUCCCUUUCCUUUCUCAAGCUCUCCGUGUUUUUGACCGGGUCAACAUCUGUUUGAAAAUGUUGCUUUUGUUGUUGUUUAUUGUAGAUCUGUUGGUAAAUACGAGGAGGCAGCGGUAAGUGACAAGAAGAUUAUCAGAAAAAGCCUGAAUAGGGACUGUAGUCAUCACUGUUCGUUUAUUUCAUUUGUAUCGUCUUCAUACAUAGAAGACGCGGUUAUCUAACGGAUAAAACGCCAGUUGUUUGAAGGAUGGAUAACGCCAUUUGUGUUAACUCUAAUCCGCUGGAUAGCAAUUAAUCCUUUGGAUAGCGUUAUCCGUCUUUUGAACAACUGGGCCCGGGUUGAGAGGCAUGGGUUCGAAACCAGACUGGGUCAUUAUGUUAUGUUCUUGGGAAAGAUAUUUCACUCGUACAGUUCCUAUUCAUGGAAAUUGCGGAAUGCUCCGGCUUGAUCAGGGCCGCUUGCGUUGAAGAGGAUUUUACAUUGAUCUAACCUUGCAUUGAUAAUGACCAUUUUGCCGGUCUGUUUCUCUACCAGAUGCUUCAAUUUAAACAGGCUAUUAAAUCAAAAGAUCCUGGUGUUAGAUUAACCAAGCUUAAAUACGUUCUCAGGUAAAUGUCUUAAUUUUUUCCUUAAGAAUUUCCAGUUCACUUCUAAAAUACUCAAUUUGUGUGGUUCAUCGGGUUUUUUUGUUUGUCACGUCAAAAAAAGAAAAAAAAAACACCCACAAAGUAAGCGACAAGGAAAGGACAAAGACCAUCUUUGAACAAACUGAAGCUAGUUUCGUGCUGCACAGACUUACUUGUUAUACCAAGUAGCAUUACUUUCGACUGUCAAUAAAAGCAUUCAGACAAAAACCUCCGUCUUCACACCUGCAUUAGUGUUUUCAAAGUUUAGUUUCCAUGACACCGUCCUUGUCACCUUAAUUUUGAUUUAUCUUUAACUCAUUUAAAUGUUCAUCUUCGUUUUCAGACAUUAUUUUGAAGGUCAUCUCGAACUGGCCGAACAAACGACUUAUCUGACAGAAUAUGUUGAUUUAUUGGAGCAGCAAUUACUCAUUGAGGUAAUUCUAUGAAAUCUUGAAGAUAGAAGCUCGCUUUCAUUGGCUGGUGCGUGUGUUUAGUUGAGAACAUGCAAACACGAUCGUUACUUUACGCUUGCUGUGUUUCUCAGAAAUAUUUUAUAAAGGUAAUAGAGGUCUUUCUCCAUGUUUAAUAGCCUAAUCUAAACGCAAGGCUUUUGGGAGAAUUCGAAAAAAAGUUAAGCAAACCGGGUUUGCAUAACUUUCUCGAACUUUUUCAACCCCCCCUCGUCUUAAGUUGAGGUGAUUUAAACACGGAAGCCCGCUGUUGCUAAAAUACAGCAAAUGUGUAUUAAUUACGGUGUCGAAAACUGCCUCAACCUGGUUUGAUAUAAAGAACAUACAUUUUUUUGAGGACGAAAAUAUUACCUCACAAAGCUUAAAACUGAAAAUUAAAGAAAUAAAAUUUUGUUUUGCGACGAUCACAACAACCACAAAAGAAUAUAGAAUUAUCCGAAUAUGCUCUUGUGCUUUUGAACCCUACAACUGACUCAUUUUCCUUGACGUCAUUUUUACGUCUUAAAACCUGGAAAAUAACCUUUUCCAACUAUCGUUUCUCCAGUUAGAAAUCUCCCUUUUUUCUUUUGCCCUCCAGGACGCAGAUUCCCGAGCUGAACGUGAACGAAAGAACCACGCGAUGGUAGCGCACCCGAGGCAAGCUUCGUUACCGCUGUGCUCAGUGAUUGUGACACUAUACUACUGCUGUCGAUAUCAUUUUGGAGAGCCCGAGGUAUAAAUUAUUAUAACAAGGACACAUAUACGAUGUAUUUUUUGUGUGUGAUGAGUUAAAUCUCCUUUUUAUAUGACACCUAAUUAUUUGUAAUUGUUCUUUUUACUUAAGAGUGUUUUCACCAGUCCUAUGGCUAUUCGCGCUAGAUUUAAGGUAAGUUGGACUCCGGGUCGAGAGGUGCAAAGUAUUUUUUUUUCAGGCAGUGAAGGCAGCUUUAAAUGUUUGCCUUAGCUUGUAGUUUGCUCGAACUACAAACCCGUUAGUCAAAUGACAAGCUUUUCGAUAAAUGCUAUCAGCGCACGAAUGUAAUAAACCCGUUUGGGAAAUUCUUCAUGAGCGUGCUGUGGGCUUGCGUUCCUGUGCGUGUGAUACAUGCGUGUGACUAAUAACUUUUCUCUUUUGUUCUUUUUUUUCAUUGCACUCAACUUGAAAGUUCUUCCUUAAUCACUUUACGUUGACCUACCUUAAUACUCUAAUGAUUUUCUAUAGCUAUCCGAAAAGCAGUAUGAAUGGACAGCGUUAUCUUCCCGAGCCAAGCUAAAACAAUGGAAAGGCCUUGAACAGAUGUUUACAGUAAAAGUACGUUUACAAUAUGGGGAAAUAGCAUUAAUUCUCUUAUGACUAAAUUCGGCCAUUAUGAGCUGAAAGAAACCCAAUUUAUGUUAAGUACAUAACUACAAAAACACAAAGUUUCGUAUUUAAAGGAGAUGUGCUACAACGUUGUAGUCAUUUUUUCGACGCGAGGGAAUAGAAAACACGGAAAUGUUGACUAUAAAGGUAGAAAAACGUCAAGAUGAGAGGAAUAAGCCAAAAAAAGAAUGACGAUGGUCGAGCAUGGAGAAGAUUGAUAUGAAUUGCCGAAAAACAGUAAACAUUCAGGCUCAAUGUUUUUAUUAUGUAAAAAGAGCAGAUUGUAUGAGCUGAGCUGGGAAACAGACUCCCUUUUUUCAGCGUCAGUCUGGACUAAGGAAUGGCGCAGUGGUGAGAAGUCUCUGUUCCUGCCGUUGUAGCCUGGGUGUGAAUUUUCAUACUUGGCAUAACUUUCAGGUUGAGUUGGUUGUUGGUCCCAGCCUUUGUACCAAGUCUUUUCUUCAGCCUUUUCAGUUCCCCCCCUGCAGAAAAAAGGCUACAUUUCAUGUCAUAAAUUCGUAGAUUUAUAACUACUUAUUAUAACUACUACGAAGGUGCCAUUGCGUCAUUCCCAUGCAUUUAUUUUUCAAAAAUUUUCUUUGAAUUUUACUUUAAAGCUUUAUUAUGCAGCUAAGCCGGUUUAAGCUGCUUGCAACAGACCCCAAGAUAUCCACAAAUCGGUCCAAGUUUCCUGUAUUAGCGAAUGACUAAUUGUUUGCGCGUUUGACCAAUUGCUUUUGUGUUUAUAUUUUAGGGAUGGUUAGGUAAAGUUAAAAUGAAAUCAGCAAUAGGAUUCACUCAAGUCGUCGAGUUGCUUCAUCAACACGGUGCGACUGAACAGGUAUUACAAUAAAUAGAUAAAUAAAUAACAAAGUAACGUCGCGUCAAGGAAAUUACUGGUAAAUUUAGUUUUGUAAUGUUAAAAAGAGACCAAAAUUAUUGGCUUUAACUGUGCAGCUACUUGUUUUUGGAUCUCUUUUUGGAACGAGGUUCGUACGAGACAUCACUGUAGUUUAUGAAUGAACCAGUUGAACUGCUAGACUCUCACACUGGCGUAUGGCAUUUUUAAUUGAUCGCUGAGAAGAUUCCUUUGCCGCAGUGUCAGUGUACAACGGAAUUUUUAGUUUGAAUUUGUCAAAGGCAUGAUUGUGACAGAUGAGUGGCUUGUCGGCGCAAAACCUGUCGAGAGAGCUAACCAAAAGUUUCUUUUAUUUUGGAUACAGUGUGGUGCAUCGCACUUUCCCUCUUUCAUCUUUCAAAUUGGCAGAGUACAAAGGCUAUCCAUAGGGAUGGUCAGUCCACCACGGGCAACCCUUCACGGUAUUUCGUCACGCUUUUGCUGAAAACACAGCUCGCAUUUCUACGUUUAGAGAGGUAGAACGAGUGAGAAAAAGAUUUCCGCAGUGUUCUCCUAUUGACCCUAAUUACUGCUCUCACUAGGAUCGGUUGACUUAGAGUCCGUAGGUUGCGCUAACUUUCUUCCGGUCAUAUCUCCCACACUAUGUGAAUUAUAAUGCCUUAUUUACCCUCCUUUAUUUCUUUAUUACAGGUGUUAAACACUUACCUUAACUUGAUUGAUGAUCUUAACCAACGGCUUUCAGCAGCGACGAAAACAAAAUGCCAUCGUGCAGCUAUUGAGGUGACAUUGUCUUUUAAAUCGUUUUCCAGCUUAUUUAGUUGAAACUAGGAAGGAAAGAAACUAAAUAAAAUUGAUAAGGUCGUCCGAUGAGUGUGUGAUAACAAAAAAGAACUCGAAUAUCACAUCCUUUGGCUAAUUGGCUCAGCAGAAAUUCAUUGUUUCCCCUCCCCAAAAUAUUCCACAGUUCCUCGUGGUCAAGUUUCCUUGUUACUUAAAACACCUGGGGUGAUCUUUUGAAGCUGUCAGUCCAAAACAAAAUUUCGCUUUUAAUAACUGGAGAAACCUCAUAUUUGUGCCCUGGUUGAUGAAAAGCUCCCAUUUUACUACUUGCUUGCCUUUCAUGGCAAUGCUUUAAUACUGAAUAUUUAAACGUAUAUAAACAUAUAUACAUAUGUUACAGACCUUAGUUGCGAUGAAGGAUCGCCAACAGCUUGAAAAAUACAGAAGUCAGCUGAAAGGAACCGCGCCCGAGCAGGCCAUAAUCUCAGAAUACCUAAAGAACUCGGUGAGUCCAUAUUUGCCUUUGAUUCAUUCAGCGUGUAGUUUUUUUCGCUUUGUUUUUGUGCGGGCUUUUUUCGUUAAGCAAAUAAAUAAAGAAAUUUCACACUUUUUUUACACGUUAUGAACCACAUAUUAAAAUGAUAUUAUUAUGAUAUUCUUGAUAUGUUUUUAUUUAAAAAGAAAGACAUUUCAGGAAAAAACACAUGUUCUCCCCCAUCUUGAUUGUGUUUUGUUUGUUCCUUGACUUCUUGUUUUCCUUUGCCUGUGCUCUUCAUUUAUCGCUAUUUGAGUGCAUUCAGAAGCGCUUCUGAAGCUGAAACCCUCUUCAGUGUCAAUGAAUAAAUGCCCUUUUACAUUCGAAGUCGAUCGGUCGAAUUCCUGUUAAGAAUAAGCCGUAUUUGUUAAACUAAUUCUUCAUCACCAAUUUAUUUCCUUACAGCAACUGCGAUGGAAAAACUGAAGUCCAAGAAAUUGAAGCUGGAAAAUCAAUCGUUACAUUUUUUAGCCUAGGCGUCCACGUAAUAAAACGGAGAGAAAUGUAUACGGCGCGAUUGCGGCGGCGAAGUGAAAAAGCGAGAAAGAUUUGGGUCGGGUCGGGUCGUGUCGUGUCGUGUCGUGUAACCCAAAUCUCCCGCGCUUUUCACUCCGUCGCUACUAUGGCGCCGUUAAAUAUUUCGCUCCGUUUAACCAAACAAACGGAACAAGGAAUAUAUAUAUAGCUAGAAAGAUUUCAAAUAAUACAGUCACAUUUAAAAAAGUGGAGUCGUUCAACGAUAGCAACAUGUCGUAUGUUACCAAUUUAAAAUAAAAAACAACUGGUA